AUGGUCUACUCCACUUGGUCUACAGUAACCCAUAUUUUCGGUUGGUUUUCUUUCUUCACUGCCAUUUGGGCAACCAUCACACUGUUCGUAUUAAUUGAGAAAAAAUCAAGAAAAGAGUUUGGCGGCUAUAAAAAUUUUCUUCGAGUAUAUUGUUUCUACGCGUUUAUUUUUUCCACAAUUGAUUGGGUAGUGCAACCAUAUGCUGUAAUGGAUAUCAACGGUCUUGGAUACGUAUUUUAUUCUGAGAAUAGACUUUUUGAUUUGGGUUAUUCAUUAAGCCACUUGUUGCAAAUAUUAUACUGUGGGUGUUUUAUUGCUAGUUCUUCAUUUUUAUCGUUAAACUUUAUAUAUCGCUAUGUAUCAUCUUGCCACAGCCAUUAUUUGCACUACAUACAAGAUUUCGGACUAAUUUUAAUUAUUGCGUAUUGCAUCCUACCGUUUGUUAUAUGGUCUAUUUGUGUGUAUUAUAUAUUCAGUCCAACAUCAGAAAAAACUGAAUAUAUAAAUAUGUCGACAAUGCAAAUUGAGAAUUUCAACAUUAGCGGAAACCCAUAUGUUGGGGUUAUAUGCUAUUACAUUUUGACAACUCCACUACAUAAUUAUGGUGAUGUUGAUUGGUGGACUAUGGGUGCGCUCCUAGGACUUAUCAUAUUUCAGAUAUUAUUUUACGGAAUAUCAUUGAUUUGUGGUAUUUUGACCUAUAGAAGCAAUAUGAAGCUUCUAAGAUUGGCUCAAUUAUCCAAAAAAAUCUACAAAACUCAGAUGCAGUUGCUCAGAGCUAUUGUGAUUCAAGCCGUCGUGCCCUUAGUCUCAGUAUAUGUACCGACAGCUAUUAUGAUUGGAGGGGGUAUGGUAGGAAUCUAUAUGGGUGAAAUUGGUCAUUUUGUGGUGAUGAGCAUUUCAAUAUACCCACCACUUGAUUCAGUCGUGUUUUUGUUAUCAAUUCGAGAUUUUCGAAAUGCUUUGUUUUGUAAUUCAAAGAUCGACAAUCGAGGUGAUAGUUCAAAUAUUAGACCAGGAACGGCAAAAAUUUCAGAUAUUCUCACUCGGCGACUUAAUUAUCAACAACCAGCAAUCCCUACAUUAACUAUUUGA